UAUCCCAUCAUCCCCUGCGGCGCCGUGACGUAUGGUCAGCUGACUGCCGCUGUAGCAAGGAGAAAGAUGUCGCUGACGAACUGGCGAAGGAUGGAGGCUGUUUUUUCCGUCUCGUUUGCCCUCUGCUUCCUUUUUGCAACCGGUGUCCAUGGAGACGGCUUGACUGUUCUGCAGGCUCCAGACUUUGUGUCCUUCCAGAAAGGUGACUGGCCUAUAUCUGGGGAGAAGAUCCCGGACCUGGUGGCUUUAACUAUGGGCUUCUCUGUUCAAGAGGAUCUGUCCUGGCCCGGUCUCCAGGCUGGUCCGUUGUUUCAGAGACCUCGGGCUAACGUUCUGGUGGUGGUGAGGGGGGUCGAUGGCCUGGCUCUGCCUCAGAGUGUGGCCUCCUACCCCUUGGAGAAUCCCGUUCCCUUCACCCUGGACAGUGUUGCAGAGACGGUACACUCUUUGUUUGCUGAGGACACACCUGUAGUGCUGCAGCUGGCCCCCAGUGAGGAGCGGCUUUACAUGCUUGGUAAGGCCAAUGCUGUGUUCGAGGAUCUACCAGUGACCUUGCAGCAGAUCCGUGCACGUCUGUCCCAGGACGGCUCUGUGCUGGCUUCUCUUCCUCUGAACUCUCUCAGUAGAAAUGCAGAGGCUGAUUUGCUUUUCCUGUCUGAGGUCCAAGUCCUGCAUGACAUCACAGCUCUGCUGCAGAGACACAGACAUUUGGCGAAGGACCACUCCCCUGACCUGUACUCACUGGAGCUGUCUGGCCUGGAGGAGCUGAGCCGGGUUUAUGGCCAAGACUCCCCUCAGUACCGCGACGCCACGGCCAUCCUAGCCUCUGUCCUUAAGAAGUUCGGAGAGGAUGUGUAUGGUCUCUACGGCAACAAUGCAGUGGUGGAGGUUGUUACGGUGAAGACCUUUGAAGCUCCUUUGACCAGGAAGUCUCGUUCCAUCCUGGAAUCCAAACAGAUUAGUAACCCGGGCAGCCCUUACAACCUGGCCUAUAAGUACAACUUCCACUACGCUGUGGUCUUCAACAUCGUGCUGUGGCUCAUGAUCGCUCUCGCCCUCGCCGUCAUCGCCAUCGCUUACAACCUGUGGAACAUGGACCCAGGAUACGACAGCAUCAUCUACAGGAUGACCAAUCAGAAGAUCAGGCUGGAGUAAAGCCUCAAACACUCCCUCCGCCCCCUUAGAGCCUCCAGUGAAUGUUUGUGCUAGUGUGAGGUUCCUGUUUAGUGAAGAAACUGUGACGGUUUGAGGGGAAGAUGCGAGGUAAUUCUCUCACCUCUUUGUUUACAACAGACAAAAAAACAGCAUCACAGUUGUGGCCCUUCAGUUUGUCUACCAAUAUCAUCCUCUGCUGGUGUUCUCACUAAACAAACCCAGACUUCCUCCCUUCAGCCUCACAGCUCACAUCAUUCCCUACACCUUCAACUCCUCGCUAAUUGUGUUUUAUUUGUUUCCCUUGGUGAUUGCAGUUGUAUUUUUUGUUGUAAAAAAACAUUGUAAUGGUAUGAAAGAAUGAGAACUGUCUGGUUUCUGUGUGAAGUUGUCGUGCUUGUCUCGGUGUGUGAAAAUAUUUUAAGUUAAAUGAAAUCUAUGUGUAUAUAUUGAAUAUACAAAUGCAACGAUAUGAGAAACUACUGCACUGUUAUUGUGAAAAGACGUAUCGAAGUAGAUUAAAGCAGUCUUCUAUUCCAAAUGAGCAACAGAUUACAUAAAUACUUGAUCAUAAUGUUGGUUGUUUAGGAUCGGUGAAGGAUAAGUGAAGCUCUGUAAAUUGCAAUAAAUGCCUGACAAUAAAUUAUUAAAUGGA